AUAACAUCCUCUCGACUUAUAGAAACAACUUUUAUAUAUUUACUCAACUGGAAUAAGGCGAUUAUGGCAUCUUGUAAACCAUUAUCACGGCACAUCAUCCGUUCAGUUAGGCUCUCCCAAACACGCCUGAUGACUACCUCAACUACAGCCUCAAGCUUCCCUGCAUGGUUCGCGCGUGGCGGAACAUCAAACGGUCUCGUCAUCCACCGAAGAGAUCUUCCUCCAGAAUCUCAAUGGCAUAAGAUACUCCCUUCGGCAAUGGGCUCGCCCGAUCCGUACGGGCGCCAGCUCAAUGGCAUGGGUUCUGGCAUCUCGUCGACCUCAAAGAUCGUCAUCCUUGGGCCACCUUCGAGAGAAGACGUGGAUGUGGACUUCACAUUUGUGCAAGUUGGAAUACGCGAUGGAAGCCUCGAUAUGGCUGGGAAUUGCGGUAACAUGUCGUCCUUGGUUGGCCCUGCGGCGUGGGAUAGUGGGCUUCUGUCGGCACAGGCUCAGGCCAAGAAUGUUGAGCAGGAUGAGAAUGGAUUGCAGUGGGCCACUGUGCGGUUCUUGAAUACAAACACUAAUAAAGUCAUGACUUCAAAGUUCCGAGUUGAGGGCGAACCUCUCAAGUAUACGCAUCAAGGAGAGUAUGCCAUGGACGGGGUCCCAGGAACAGGAUCCAAGGUCAUCAUGAGCUUCAUUGAUCCUGCUGGUGCAAAGACCGGCAAAGCUCUUCCGACUGGAAACCCCGUGGAUGUCCUCCAACUACAGGACGGAACCAAUAUCAAGGCAUCUCUUGUUGAUGUCGGAAAUCCUGGUGUUUUCAUCAGUACUGAAAGCUUGGGACUUGCUGAUCACCUGUCUCUCACACCAGCUAUCGUCGAGUCAAACCCCGAACUCAAGGAAAAACUUGGAGAGAUACGUCGAGCGGGUGCCAGUCUCAUGGGUCUCGAUCCCAACACGGAGAGUGUUCCCAAAAUUGUCCUUUUGUUCCCCUCGAGUGGUUCGCCAGACGUUGAUAUCAGGUGCCUUGCUUUGUCUAUGGGCCAGGCACACAAGGCUGUGCCAUUGACUCUAGCGCUCUGCCUCGGGGCUGCUUCCCAACUCCAAGGGACACUUGCGUCUGAUCUCAUAGGGGGCCAGUCCAAGGAGACGGUUUGUAUAGGGCAUCCGAGUGGCAAAGUUGACAUUGGGACUGUCAUUCGAGAUGGGAAGAUUGAGUCUGCGCAACUCUUACGGACGGCCAGGAUACUCAUGAAGGGAGAUGUAUAUUAUUGAGAACUUGAUUGAAUGUGCUGUUUACAAGUUUCUGUAUAUUAUUGUCAUCAUCACCAUCAACGGAGGGAUAGUGGGGUUGACCUACGAUUGCAAAGGUUCAAGUCGGGUCUGAAUUGAGUCGAAACGCAUGGAAAUGCCGCCCAACCCUGGCAGUUACAAAUACGACUCUGCAAUAUAUCGAUUGAUACUACCUCGUAACUCUAUUAAUAUUGACAUAUUCAAGAGACAGAAU